ACGCCGCGCGCCCGACUUCGGGGGAGGGCGGGGCCAAGCCGCGGCGUUGGCGACACAGCGGUGUCAUCCGCGUUUAAAAGGAGGCAGCGACGCCGCGUAUACAGACACACACACGCGCACAACCGCUCAGCUCGCCGACUCGGAGAGCAAGACAGACAGACAGACGGACGUGAGACGGGGGGGGGGGGGGUCGCGUGCAUCACGCCGGACACGUCCCGCAUUAUUUCUGUUCACCCUCGCGCGUCGCACCCGGGACUCGGACCGUCCGCCGCUCGGAGGCUCAGCGUGCACACGUCGCACCAGUCACACCUCUGGAUUUCAAUUUGGAUUAUAAGAAACGAAAACGAAUGUCUUUGCUGUGGUCAGCGAUGGGAGAGGGUUUGGAGCCACUCUCCCCUGUAGGAUGGUAGCACACAGCAACGUGGAAGGCCAUGACAAGAAGCUGUCACCCUCGUCCUCCUCUUCAUCCUCAUCGUCAUCCUCGUCGUCAACAUCGUCUUCUUCAACGUCAUCGUCGUCAUCGUCAUUGACCGGGCACCAGCCUUCCCCUGCCGCCCACGGCUCUGAGUCGGACCGCCUCGAGCCACAGCGCGGCUGCCCCGACCAGUCCCCGCUGGUUCUACAGCAGGCCGUCCGGGACCCCGCCCCUGAGCCGCUCCCCGUCGCUGCGCCCUUCCCCACCCACUUUCCACCAUUCCGCUGCCAGAAGGACUUCAAGAUCAUCACGGAGACGGCCUCCAAGCUGGAGCGCAGCGGCUUCUACUGGGGCCCCCUGGGGGUGGAGGAGGCGCACUGCAUGCUGCGGGGCGCAGCACUGGGCAGCUUCCUCAUCCGCGACAGCCGGCAGAAGGACGUGUUCUUCACGCUGUCGUACCGCGCCGCCAGUGGCCCCAUCAGUGUGCGCAUUGUCUACAAGUGCCAGCGCUUCGGCCUGGCGGGCAGCGAGCGCUCCUUCCAGACGCUCUUCGCCCUUCUGGAGCAUUACAUCUACUCCUCCAAGAAGAGCCUGAGCGUCCCGUACAGGAAAAGGGAGCCAACGCUGCAGGAGCUGUGCAGGAAGAGCAUCAUGGAGGCCUGCGGCGGUGGGGAGGGGCAGGUGUUGGCGCUGCCCAUCAACUCGGUCCUUCAGAACUUUCUGUCAGAGUUCCCUCACAAGUUAUGACGUCACGGUCUGUCCCGUCAGCCACGCCGACGUCAUCGCGGUGCGGUUCACCGACUGUUGACUGCUGGGACUUUGCCGGAGGUGCUCCACGGCCGUGGCCGGGACCGAAACGCCGGCCAAGGCGACAUGGGAGACGCUGUUCUCCAAGUAACGUGGACUCGGCACGUCAACGAUCGUGUCGGUCAGAAUACAUUACCUCGAGAGGCUUAUCUCUCCUUCGUAGAUGGACGGACUGUAGAUUACUAAUGUAUGAGCCUGAAUAUUUUAUAUUCGCUGCAUUAAGAGACGACUACGGAGGGGCUCAAGUUGCAAUAGAGAUAGAGGUGCUGGGAGUGUCGCCCGUGGCCUGCAAAAGGAAGCCCGUUUUUACGCGGCGGACUUGGGUCAAGACACAGGGGACUUGUAGAAACCAGACGUGGCGGACGGUCGCCUGUCGGGAGUGGUGGAGGGCGAGGUGGAAACCGGGCCUGGGUUCGACUUGAGUUGUCUUUGGUACAGUUGGGGUUCGGUUUGAGUCGCACGGGGCCUCCAGACUCUGUGACGACCACGGAUGGCGAGACUCGCUAGGCCCCUCGGCCGACGGGUCGGAGCCUUCAGUCGACCGACUAACGUAGUCACCCGUGGCGCAGGGGACCCGGGGUCGCGUACCCCCCCCCCCCCCGGCUGCACCCUGAAUUCGCUACGACUUUAACACGGAUGUUUACACAACGAUUGAAUGUUGGCUCGCGCAUGAAUAUUUUCCUCUCGGGUGGUUUUCGGUAUCCUGUCACGCGCUCGACUGUGUAAAGCGGAGCCCGGCACACUUCAUGCAGGCUGUGAAGCGCCCAGCAGACUUACUGAAAGCCACACGAGGUGGGAUUUAGUGGCCGAGACGUGCUGUUCGUUACGCAGUACUGUAUACGCAACCUGCCCGUUACGCUGGGCACGCACAGACCUCACUAUCACACGAAUGUGAGUUAUUUUUGUCUAUAUUUUAUAUGAAAACUGCUAUUAUGUGACGGUUAAUAAAAUGCAU